AAGCCGCAGGUGAAACACACAGAGAGAGAGAGACCGGUGAGGACAUAGCGACAGAGAGAGACCGGUGAGACAGAGAGAGAGAGAGACUGGUGAGGACAUAGAGACCGGUGAGACAGACAGAGAGAGAGACUGGUGAGACAGAGAGAGAGAGAGACCGGUGAGACAGAGAGAGAGAGAGAGACCGGUGAGACAGAGAGAGAGAGAGACCGGUGAGACAGAGAGAGAGAGAGAGACCGGUGAGACAGAGAGAGAGAGAGACCGGUGAGACAGAGAGAGAGAGAGACCGGUGAGAGAGAGAGAGACCGGUGAGGACAUAGCGACCGGUGAGACAGACAGAGAGAGAGAGACCGGUGAGGACAUAGCGACAGAGAGAGACCGGUGAGACAGAGAGAGAGAGAGACUGGUGAGGACAUAGAUACCGGUGAGACAGACAGAGAGAGAGACUGGUGAGACAGAGAGAGAGAGAGACCGGUGAGACAGAGAGAGAGAGAGACCGGUGAGACAGAGAGAGAGAGAGAGACUGGUGAGACAGAGAGAGAGAGAGACCGGUGAGACAGAGAGAGAGAGAGACCGGUGAGACAGAGAGAGAGAGAGACUGGUGAGGACAUAGAGAGAGAGAGACCGGUGAGACAGAGAGAGAGAGAGACUGGUGAGGACAUAGAGAGAGAGAGACCGACCGGUGAGACAGAGAGAGAGAGAGACCGGUGAGACAGAGAGACAGGUGAGAGGCAGCAGGACACCGGGACAGACCCGAUCUCCUCCCGUGUCUCCCUCCCCAGCCCCCCGCUGUGCACGCACCAUGUUCCCGCUGAACAGCAGCGGUUCUCCGCCUCUGACCGAGCUGAGCUUCGAGCGGCAGUUUGACGACAGAGGUUCGAUUCUCUGGAUGAAGGACAACUGGAAUAAAUCCUUUGCGUUCUGUGCUCUUUACGCCGCCCUGGUGUUGGCGGGGAAGAACUACAUGAGGCCCCGCCCCCGGCUGAGCCUGCGGCGGCCGCUCGUCCUCUGGUCGCUCAGUCUCGCCCUCUUCAGCAUCAUCGGUGCGGUCCGGACCGGCUCCUACAUGCUCCACAUCCUGAGCAGCGGUGGCUUCAGGAGCUCUAUCUGUGAUCAGAGCUUCUACAGCGGACCGGUCAGCAGGUUCUGGGCGUACGCCUUCGUCCUCAGCAAAGCUCCGGAGCUCGGCGACACAGCGUUCAUCGUGCUCAGGAAGCAGAAGCUGCUGUUCCUCCACUGGUACCACCACAUCACCGUGCUGCUCUACUCCUGGUACUCUUACAAAGACAUGGUGGCCGGCGGCGGCUGGUUCAUGACCAUGAACUACGCCGUGCACGCGCUCAUGUACAGCUACUACGCGGCGCGCGCCGCCGGCCUGCGCGUGCCGCGGCCGUUCGCCGUGCUCAUCACCAGCGCGCAGCUGGCCCAGAUGGCGAUGGGGCUGACGGUGUGCGGGCUGGUGUACGGGUGGAUGCAGCAGGGCGACUGCCACUCGCACGUCAACAACCUGGUGUGGGCGUCGCUCAUGUACCUCAGCUACCUGCUGCUCUUCAUCAACUUCUUCUACCACACCUACCUGCGCCGCCACGCCCCCGCCAAGACCGAGUAGGAGGGGCCAGGAGGACGGAUUCAGUGACAAGAACCAGGAAACAGGAAGUCACAUGAUCAUCCGAACAAUCACACAAACAGUUUUAAUUUGAUGAACGAGUCGAUGACCAGUUGAUCGAUCAAGUUUAAAAAAACAUAUCGAUCGUGAUUCACCGAUAAAACUAUUCAUGAGACGAAUGAAGGCAUCUGAUUGGCUGCUGGAUGAGUUCAUUACAGUUCCUCUCUGUAUUAUUGUCAUUCAUUUCUAAUGUUUGUUAUGUUAUUGUGUUACUUAUGUAAUUGUCGGUGUGUGAUUGAGUUUCUGUCGGAGUUUGGAAGAAAAACCUUCGGCUCUUCAAAGUAAACGAUGACGUCAGUUUGCGAUGAGAAGAAAAUGUUUCAUUCAUUGUUAAUAAAGUUUUUUAUAUUUA